UAUCGAGCCCCGCCCCUACCCCUUUUCUUCCCUCUCUUUUCUCUCAAAAAAAAAAAAAAAAUUUUUUUUAAAAAAGCAAUGUCAGACCUUGUUAGCGAGACACUCAAGAAACUUUCCAUUAGUGCUAAAGAAGUCAGCCAUGCUGCCGUCAGUGAUGCCAAGAGUUGGUCUGAGGCCUUAACAGGUGAAGGCUUUGUUCUUACCAAGACCUUAAUUUUGAAGCCCAAGACAGGUAAAACAGCACCCGUCACCCCCGUGGUGGUCAUUGCUUUGGAAUCCACCGAGACCAACGCCACUGCUAUUGGUAAGAAGCUUUCGCUCAAGGAUUGUCGUUUUGCCAAUGAAGAGCUUUUGGCAUCCACUUUCCAGGCUACCAAGGACAACGUCUCUCCCUUCUCAUUGUCCCAUGUGGCUCAAUUGGAUUUAGUCCAUGUCGUGUUAGACGCUGACUUGCCUACAGAUACUUUACUCGCUUUCCACCCUAACGAUGCUCAAAAGACCGUCUUUGUCUCGCUCGAUCAAUUGAAGGCUUAUUUGGCGUCUAUCAACAAGGACUUUAUCGAGUUGGAUUUCAAGGCACUUGCUGCUGCUAAACCUACCGGUGAAAAGAAGCCCGCUGCCAAGGCACCCAAGGCCAAGAAGGAAGCUGCUACUACUGCUGCUGCUGACGACAGUAAUCAAAUGGGUCUUGGUUGUAAAAAGGAAGAAGAUUUCCCUAAAUGGUACCAACAAGUAUUAACGAAAUCCGACAUGUUGGAAUACUACGAUGUCUCUGGUUGUUAUAUUCUCCGUCCUUUAGCUUAUAAUGUCUGGAAGGAAAUCACCAAUUUCUUUGAUGGUGCCAUUACUGAGAUGGGUGUCGAGGAUACUUAUUUCCCCAUGUUUGUCUCUAACAAGGUACUCCAACGUGAGAAGGAUCAUAUUGAAGGUUUCGCCCCUGAAGUUGCUUGGGUCACCAAAGCCGGUAACAGUGAUUUAGAAGAACCCAUUGCCAUUCGUCCUACCUCCGAGACCGUCAUGUAUCCUUACUUCUCCAAAUGGAUUCGUUCUCAUCGUGAUUUACCUUUACGUAUCAAUCAAUGGUGUUCCGUUGUCCGUUGGGAGUUCAAGAACCCUCAACCUUUCUUACGUACUCGUGAGUUCCUCUGGCAAGAAGGUCAUACCGCUCAUUUACAUUUGAAGGACGCCGAUACCGAAGUCAAACAAAUCCUUGAUCUCUAUGAAAAGGUCUAUACCGAUCUUUUAGCUGUCCCUGUUGUCAAGGGUGUCAAAUCUGAAAAGGAAAGAUUUGCUGGUGGUUAUUAUACCACAACCGUGGAAGGAUUUAUUCCUACAACCGGUCGUGCCAUUCAAGGUGGUACCUCUCAUUGCUUGGGUCAAAACUUUAGUAAGAUGUUUAACAUCACUGUAGAGGAUCCUAACGCUCCUGCAAACGCUACAGAGGAAGCCAAGAAACUUCAUGUCUGGCAAAACUCUUGGGGUAUCUCUACACGUACUAUUGGUGUCAUGGUCAUGACUCAUGGUGAUGAUAAGGGUCUUGUCAUGCCUCCUCGUGUAGCUCUUAUUCAGACCGUCAUCGUCCCCUGUGGUUUAACCGUCAAGACCACUAAGGAAGAAUCCGAUAAGAUCUUUGAUGUCUGUCAAGACAUUGCCCUUCGUCUCAAGAAAUCCGGACUCAAGAGUAAAGCCGAUUUACGUGAGAAUUACACUCCCGGUUUCAAGUUCAAUCAUUGGGAGGUACGUGGUGUCCCCCUUCGUUUGGAAUUGGGUCCCAAGGAUCUUGCCAAGAACCAAGUGUCUUGUGUACGUCGUGAUACAGGUGCUCGUUUCUCUUGUUCCCUCGAGAACUUGGAAAGCGAGAUCAAGGAGGCCUUGGAAACCAUUCAAAAUGACAUGUACAAGAAAGCUUGUCAAAAGAUGGAUGAAUCCAUUGUGCGUAUCUCUGAAUGGGAUGAAUUUGUACCCACUUUAAACCAAAAGAAGUUGCUUUUGGUCCCCUGGUGUGAUCGUGUUGCUUGUGAGGAUGAUAUCAAGGAACGUUCCGCUCGUAGUGCUAACGAUGGUGAGGAGGAGGAUGAAAAGGCUCCUUCCAUGGGCGCUAAGUCUCUCUGUAAUCCUUUCCAACAACCCACUGAAAACCCUAUUGUUCCUGGCGUCACCAAGUGUAUUGCUUGUGAUCAUCAUGCUAAACAUUUCAUGCUCUUUGGUAGAAGUUAUUAACGAGUUUAAUCAUAUUAAUAAUAAUAAUAAAAUAAAAAAAAGCUUUUUAUGUGU